CGCACUAAGGUCACGUGAAGAGUUAUUUUCACAACGAUGUAUUUGUUGCACCGUGCCAACACAUUUCGUACAUUUAAAGCGUAAACAACAUCAGUGUGUCUGUGCCAGUUAAACGCAGUUGUCGACAUGGACGCGGACGGUUUGCCCAUUGUAGGAUCAGGAGUAGAUCUGACAAAGGUUCCAGCUAUUCAGCAGAGGAGAAUCGUGGCUUUCCUCAAUCAGUUCAUCGUUCACACAGUCAGGUUCCUCAACCGCUUCUCCACAGUUUGUGAGGAGAAACUCUCAACUGUAUCACUGCGAAUCCAGCAGAUUGAGACAACACUAAGCAUCUUGGAAGCAAAGUUGGCUUCUAUUCCCGGUCUGGAAGAAGUGACAGUGGAUGGAGUGAGAGCGCCUGCAGAGACAAAUGGCCCUGCAGCAAAUACCAGUCGUGCCACAGCUUCCCCUGCCGAGGCAUCCCAGCAGUCACAAGUGGCCCCUCAGGAGCCAAAAACAGAGGCUCCAGCAGAAAAUAUAAUGACUGUAGCCAAAGACCCGCGAUAUACCAGAUACCUGAAGAUGGUGCAAGUGGGUGUUCCAGUCAUGGCCAUUAAAAAUAAGAUGAUGAUGGAAGGCUUGGACCCCAAUUUGCUUGACACCCCUGAUGCAGCAGUUCCAGAUGCUAGCAAAAAAGGGUUGGAGGAGCAAGAUGAUGACAGCUCAGGCAGCGAAUCAUCAUUCAGCGAUUGAUCGGUUGGCCCCACCUCCUCACAGUCCUGGAUCGGAGAGUUCAGGUCAUCUUGAGAUUUUCUCAUCUCAAAGCAGGGUAAAUGCACUUGAGUGUCCUUAAGAGGACAGAUGCUUAGUGAUGAUGACACCACCAUUGUGUUACAUCUCAGAAACGGAGGUCUUGAUAUCUGUAAUGGUGGUUUCUGAGGGCAGCUGCUCACUAGGUGAGAUCGUGAAUCAUUAUGAUCAUAAAAAAGCGCUAUUAUAGUGUGAUUGUUAUGAAUAUUUCAUCUCUUGUUUGACUAAAAUGCCUAAUAUGUACAAGGUGCCAGUGUUUACAGCUAUGGUAAAAAAAAAAUAACAGACUAAUUGAAGAUUCUCGGUUUCUCUGGAUUUAUUAGGUAUAAAUUUGAGGAAAAUGGUCGUAUUUGUUUUAUUCUAAAAAGAUAAUAAAAAGUUUUUCAAAUUUCAUAUAAAAUAUUGUAAUUUAAAGCAGAAUAUACCAUUUCUGUCAGACAGAAUAACAUUUCUGUAUUUUAUAUGAUUAAAAAAAUCAGUAUACAAGCAGUUAUUUCAUCAAAUGUUGUUGUUUUUUCCGUUAUGUUAAGUUUAAAGCUGAAGUUGUCAAGCUGUGUUGUGGAAAACUCAAUAUGAACAUAUGAAAUGCUUUAUUUUAUUUACAUUUUAAAUUUGGAAAAAAUGUCAUGAGUAGUUUACAGAAUAAAACAAUAAACCUUUCUUACACACACGCAACUAAUUCAUAAGUCCAGAGAAACUGAGUUUGGAAGAUUUGAAAGACAUGUAGCUCAUUUUUGUAGCAACUCCUCAGUAGUUAACGAUCUUGAAUAGACUGAAUCAAAGUAAUAUCAAUAACAAGUCAUUACAUAUUAGGGAUAUUUGGUUUGUUUCAAAUAAUACUUAUCAUGUUGCACAGAUUUGCUUAAGUUUGUCUUUUCAGACUGUAAAUUGUCAUUAAAAGUUGUUAUAUCUGAAGUCAAUGAAAUGAAGCAAUGUGUUUACAUGCACACAAUAGAGUUUGGAGUUAGUAAUGUUUUAAAAUAAAUCAAAAUAAUCAAACUGAAUUUGAUUAAAUACAGUAAUAUUUAGUGUUUAUUAUUAUUAUUUUAACAUUUAUUUCUGAAGGGAAAAGCUAAUUUUUUGGGGGGGCAACAUUACUUCAGUCCUCAGUAUAAAAUGGUUCUAAAGAAAUCAUUCCAAUACUCCAAUUUAGUGAUUAAGAAACAUUUUCCAGUAUUUUCAAAUAAAAAAAGCAAAACAUUUUAUCAUUCUGUAAUAAUCUAAAUAUAUUUUCUCAACUUUUCAUCAAACGAAUGCACCCUUGCUAAAUAAAAUGAGUAUUUCUUUUUGUUUGUCACUGAAAAAUAAAGCAAUCACUUCUCUUUAGUCAUGCACAUCA